AUGAAUUUACUUCUUACACCAUUAUUAUUGAUUAUUAUAUUAUCAAUAUCAUUUUCAAUAAAUAGUUAUCCAUUGACUAUCGAUUCUAAUUUGGGUAAUUUAUCACCUAGUCAAAUUGAUCAUCUUUGCUCAUAUAUUUCCAAUAUUGAAACAAGAAAAAUGCAAUCACCGCAAAAACGUUUUGCUCUACCAUUUCCAGAUAUGAAUAGAUUCUUAUCAACAAGUCGUAAACUUCAUCAUCAUAAUCAUCAUGCUAAUACUAAGAGUGGAACAGAAUUUGAAACAAAAAAAUAUGAUUUUCAGGGUUAUUUAUGCAGUAUUUUAAAAGAUCCUGAAGAAAUGUCAAAUUUUAUUAGUAUGUUUAUUGAAGAACAUGGAGAAGCACCAGCUUUUCAUUUAUUUGAAUCAUGUGAACAAAUAGCAAAACGAGACGACAAAUCAACUAUUCGAUUCAACGAACUUUCACAAGUUUGUUCAUCGCGACAUGAUAAACGAUGGAAGAAUUCAAUUAAAGGACCCAUAAAUAUUGAUUUUAUUAAUCAAAUGCUUGAAGCUCGAAAAGUGAAAUCGUAUCCAUAUUCGGCUCAAAUAGAUCCUUAUUUAGUAGGAAAAUGA